GGAGGAGAAUUCCUCGGAGUCGGCAUCCAUUUUGAUUUUCAUGUCUGUUAUCCAGCAUGGAAAAGAAAUGUUGUAUCGAAAAUUGCCGCACCAACUCGGAAAAAAAUGUGAAGAAAGCUGUAUUCUACAACUUCCCAAAAAUUGAGGGCCAGAGGAAAGCUUGGGAAAAAGCCAUCAACGUGAAAGGUUUCAAAUCGGAUAACGCCACGGUGCUGUGCUCCCGCCACUUCCUCAAAAUCCACUUUCGUGCUUUUCGCGGUCGUUCAGUGUUGAAAAAAAGUGCAGUGCCAUCGUUGGAAUUAAAUCCAAAGCCUAGGAAGGCUGCGCCGACACAACCAAAGGAACAAUUAGCAGCUGAAACCAAAUCGGGAGUCGCGAAGCCUCCGGGACGCAAAAUCAAACAGAAACAAACGGUAAAGACUUCGGAAAAGAAACCCAAACAGAGUCAAUUGAAAAAGAAACCCAAGCAGAGCCAACCGAGAGUCCUAUGUAUAGCGAAAGAGAUGAAGGAAACAGAGAAAAAGAACUUGGCAAAAUGUUUAGUUUGCCAGGAACCAGUUGCUUUUAUGUACGAGUUCCUCACCAACGCUCAUGCCCACAGAGCGUAUUCCUGGAAGACGUUCAUCUGCGGCCACUGCCUUAGUGAGUUUGACAGUUUCAGUGACCUGAUGUCCCACAUUACUAGCAUCGGCUCGGCUAAGAAGUACACACCCGACCAAAGUCAACUAGCCCCCGUUCCUAUAGUAGCCCCGUGUCGAGAGUACCCUUGCUCUCUAUGUAGUGCUGUCUUUAAAACUGCCACUGCAAAACUUUAUCACGAAGUCACUCACACUGCAGCGAACAAGGAAGAUAUGUGCAAGCAGUUGAAACUCAAUGUAAAGUACUUAAAUGCGGAGAGUCCUCCAGUAAAGCCUCAAACAUCUGGCAGACGGCGUAAAAUUCUUGCUGCCGAUCCAUCUGAAAUAUGUCUCGGUGAACUGCAAGAGAAAAAGAAACCCCAGUCUUCAUUGCGUGAAGAAGAAAAGCAUAAAAAGGAUGGAAGUGGUCCUAAGCAACCACAAAAGAAGUUGUGCAAAGCAAAUACCCCGACUGGUAGAAAGCAGCUCAAUACUCUCAGUUCAUUAUCACCACAGAAGAAGCAGGAGCUUGUGUCGAUAGUUUAUUGCAAUCGGUGUGAACAGAAAUUCAUGAGCCUAAAGCUUUUGGACAAGCACUACUGGUCUCAACAUCCAAACAUGGACAUACCUUUGGACCUUACCUUUGAGGUGGGCAGUGGGGAUGUGACACCCAGAUUAACACCGUGUUCUGUGUGUGCUAAGCGAACUGCAUGUGUGAAAGCCAUACAACAGUUGCUUGAUGAAGCAGUAAGUGACCUCGAAACAGUACACUGAGACUGCCACUGUGCUCUUGUUUUGAAAGUGCUGAAGAGACAUUUAGAACUGGUAGAAAGAGGAGCUACUGUAUCAUAUUUCAAACAUGUCAUUUGUCGUAUGUCUCAGCUUAGCUGCGUUUUGUUUUGCAAUUUCAUCGGGGCCAGCUUGAAUGCAGUGAACCCAUGUCACAGCAGUGAGCUGCAUGUCUGGGCACCACCCUGCCUGUUUAUGUUCUAUGGUAAUGGUAAUUGGAAUGUUGAAGUGGUGUUGUUCAAGGGGGGCUGUAAGUUCUUAGCAUAAUCAGUUGAGGAGUGUCUUCAUAAUGUGACAGAAGCUCUACUAAAUACCUCAUAUGUGGUAUUGAGAAUGUUGCAAAGUUUGAAUGUGCAUGGCCUGCAAUGCACCAUUCGUAUAAGUUUAUGUUCAUGAGUAACUUGGAUGCUUUGGUCUGGACAACUUUAGCUGUGCUUUGUUAUGUUAACACUCGGGCAUUAUUAAGCUUGUUCCAUGCUUAAAAAAAAAUUGAAGGGUUUUUCAAUGGGUCUUUAGAACCCCGUCUUAGUGUAUAACAUAGCGUUAAUUCUCGUGCAAACAUCCCUGUUUACGUUUGUUGUUUCUUGUAUUGAAAGGUUAAAUGUGCACACAUUGCAGUGCACGAUUUUUCAACUACAUCAUCAGCUGGAUACUUGAGAAAGCUUACAAGGAACUUGAGUUUUGUGUGUUAAUUGCUUUGCCAGAACAUUCAUUGGAACAGUGACUUUCAUCCUAAUAAUUGUUCAUGUAGGAGCUUUUGGUGAAAUAGGCAAAAGGUAAAACAGAAGAAAGGAAAAAUGGGCAGUUAUUGUAAAUGUCUGCUUGCUACCUGCUACUCAGAAAAUGGUAAAAGAAUUGAAAGAAGGAAAAGAUAGUUUUGGUGGCCAAAAAACGAAUGCAAUCUUUUGCAGUUUUUAAAUAGGUGGAUGCAUUGUAUGCCUUUAAUAAUUAAAAACCAUGUACAGGGACAUUUGGGUCAGUGUAAAAAGCCUGUUCCAGUCGUGGUAGACAAAGAGCAGUCUUAGUGCAAGCAUUAACGAUGGAAGUCAACCGGGCUUGUCAUAAAAAAUUAGUGGGCUAGUUGAAAGCCUUUUUUAUUUAUUAGUGAAUGCAAGUUCUAUAACACCAAGGUGUGUUUGCAUGUGGUGGUGCACUGUUCCGGCGAUGAUCUUAGAGGGAGAUCCUGUCUCAGCAGCAAUACCUCAUCAUAUGAAGCAGUAUUUAAAGGUCUAAAGCAGGGGUGGCAUUGUUUAAACGAGAAUGGUCAAGUGACAAAAAAAGGAAACACUUUGUAGUUGUGAGGGAGCAAAUAUGACCAUAUUAAAACUCAAAUAAAACAUCCAAUGCACUGUUGAGGCAUGGCUGAGAUCUAUUUUGUGUGGCAAAGUGUGAACAAGAUAUACAUGCAAACAAUGGCUAAAACGUUUGUAUCACCAAGUGCAUCGGUUCAGGCGUGAGAGUUUUGUUGGAAAACUGAUUGGCACGUUCUAGUUUCAUGUAAUUUUUAUUUUAUUGUCAAGGAAAGUAAAAAAAUCAGUAAGUCUUGAAAAAAAAAUACACUUUGACUCAUCAAUGACAUAAAAGAGACAGACUUUUAUGAAUGCAAAUCUUUUCCAAAAUAUAGGUGUUUGCCAGUCAUUUGAUAAAUGACGAUUAUACAUUCCAUAUCUGUAGCUCCAAGUGUUCUCUGGUUAAUGCAGUGCACAUUGUAGAGACUUUCUUUCUGUAGAGUCCAGAAUAAAAUUUAUUCGUUAUUACUAAAAUCUUUUUUGCAAAAUUUUUUUGUAAGGGUGCAAGUUUAAAUGAGGUGUGUAAAUCAGCUUUUAAUAAGCGAAAUUGUGUACAGAAUUCACUAAGAGAUUAGCAAAGUGAAACUGUAUUUUGGGAAAGUAAAAUAUGUGAUUGUUAGGUUAUCCAUGCUUUUGAUGUCUAGAGAACUUGUCCCUAGCUGGAUGUGUGAUCUUUGGGGCACGACCGAAUGUCUCAGUGAAGCUUGUAGACAUAUUUGAAUGUGUCAAUAAUCUAUGUACAUGAAGAAGCUUUGUGCGUUCUCAUUUGACUGAAAGGUGCUUUGUGAACUUUUAUUCCCCAGUUCCCUAGCCACUCAUUGAAGUGUUGAAAUGUUUUAUGCUCAAGGUCACAUACAGGUUGAUUUUACAUCUCAUUCUGAUCGUGUGCCCACAAUUUGAGAAUAAUGGCACCACUACUUUGUUACAUUCAUGUCAUUGCCAAGCUGUAAUUUUCCAAUAAAAUUGAAGUAGAUAUCUGCCC